GUCACUUCCGCGUAUGCGGACUCCGCUCAGGGUUUACACAGAGUGUAUCAAAUGGGGGGAAUUGUAGUCCUAUGACUCGUGCUUCCUGUCACGUUAUAAAAAUGGGUUGUAAUAUAAUACAUUCACUGAAGUGACAGAGACUAACGGGUGAAGGUGGCGUCAUAUCCGGGACAUCUUCCCCGUGGCAGAUCAGCAGGCCGGAAGUGACGCAUAGCCGGGACGGUAUGAUGCCUGGGUUAGCUGAGGGCUGCUGUUGGUGACAGGGGAGAUCCGGGCGGACGUAGUGACAAUGCGGUCUGUUACAUGUGUUCCAGAUAUGUUGGGAAGAUAAGAUUCAAGGCUGCAGUACUUGUCCCUAGAUGCUCGUCUGUGUGUGACCGCUAAAAGAACGUCAUCAUGAUUAUGGCUGGACAGUUCCGCAGCUACGUCUGGGAUCCCAUCUUGAUCUCCUCCCAGAUAGUGCUGAUGCAGUUCAUCUACUACACCUCGCUGGGCCUUUGGAUCGCCUCCGUGGACUUGCUGAUUCGCUAUAGUCCGUCACUUGAUCAGAUCUUUAGUUAUGAGAGCUUGGGAUUUUCUUCAGUACAUGGGAGAGUCUCUAUGAUGGCUUUCAUUCUGAACUCCUUAACAUGUGCCCUGGGCCUACUGUACUUUAUCCGCAGAGGAAAGCAGUGCUUAGACUUUACUGUGACUGUUCACCUCUUUCACUUCUUUGGAUGUUGGAUUUAUAACGCUCAGCUGCCCAGCACUAUCACGUGGUGGCUACUGAACAUUGUGUGCAUUGGCUUAAUGGCAGUAAUCGGGGAGUACCUCUGCCUGCGGACUGAACUCAAUGAGAUUCCUCUAAACUCGGCUCCUAAAUCGAAUGUGUAGACUUUCUGGAUCCUGCAUAUGUCUUUAUUGUUGACACAAUUCAGUAUUCCUUCUCCACACUGUUAGAUUUCCUAACGGUUCCUGGAGUCUGUUCAAAAUCAGUCUAUAAGGUACAGAACAACCAAGUAUACAAGCUUUGAGCAAGUAUACAAUGCUAUUAUUUUAAAUCUUCAAAAUUUGCACACAUACACUUUUUUUUUUUUUUUUUUUUUUUUUUUUUUUAUUGUUUCGGCUACUGCCAUCAUGGGUUCAUCCUUGGUGCGUUCAUAAAUAAAAUACCACGGGUUAGGAAAGCGGACAUUUUUGACAAUUAAUGUUCAUUAUAGCAAAUAUCCAUAUAUGAGAACUUAAAAAUGUUGUUCUUUUCACAUUUUUAGUUCGCAGAAUGUUUGAUCGGAGAGCAGGUUUAUUGUAUGCAGGAUUUUCACUGAUUGCGGAAUUCCCAAACCUUGUGAGAAAUUUUUCUGACCAUUGACAUUCAGUUAUUUGAAACAAAGGAAAUGAUAUACACUGUGAUUGGCACUGUACAAACUAAGAUAGCUUGAUAUUGUAAAGCUUUUUUUUUUU